AUUAACAUUGCCGAAUGAAUGUGCAAUAACGAUAUCGGUCGGCUCGUUGAAACCUUAGACCUGCAGAGAGUGAAGAAGGAAACCUCUGUAUUCUGUAAUAUCUUCUUCAACUACCGACAAAGCCAUUCAAUUUCUGGUUGCGUAUAUAAAGGUGGAGAUAUGCGUUGAGAGGGUUUUGCAGUGGAGGGUUUUGGGAGUACUGAGGAGCUCUCGGGUAGGGAGCAUUAGCAGUUUAAAGUGAUGUGGACAAAUGUUUUUAGAAUUGGAGGCCUUCAUCAUGUAUCAUGGUUCCAGUUUCUCCCUAAUGAAUCUGAUUUGAACUCUCUACUGGAUAAGAGUAUAAAGUUAGAGCAGAAAGAUGCUGCUACAUGGCUUGUGCUUUGGUCUCAUUUGCAGUUGCAGAAAGACGGAUUUCUCAGCACUUGGACCAAUUCCUUUGUUGGACCUUGGGAUCCAUCUCAGGGUUUGCACAAUCCAGAUGAGAAAAUAAAACUCUGGCUUUUUCUUCCUGGGCGUCAUUCUUCUGUUGUUGAGAAGGCUCAAGCUGCUGUGUCUAGAUUAAGAGUUGUUGCCUCUGGAAUUUGGGUGGCUCCUGGGGACAAUGAAGAAGUUGCUGCGGCCCUUUCUCAGUCUUUAAGGAAUUGUAUAGAAAAAGCUCUUGUUGGACUUUCUUACAUGAGAUUCGGAGAUGUGUUUUCGAAGUAUAACCCAUCUCAAAGUGAAGGACUCUUCAGGAGACAACCUACAGUUGAGUUCAUCUUUGCUGCUACUGAAGAGGCAAUCUUUGUGCAUGUCAGAAUAUCUGCAAAGCAUAUCCGGCCACUUUCAACCAGUGACAUAGAAAAAGUGUUAAAGUGUUCUGCUAAUAAUUCUGGUUACAAGCUUCCAGUCAUUGUUUCUCCUCAUGGAAUGCGUGGUUGGCUCACAGGAUGUUGUCCAAAUGAUCUUGUCAAGCAAGUUUAUUUCAGCAGUUCUGGCAAGUUUAGGACAUCAAAUGGAUUUAUAGGUCUACCAAACCAUUUUUCUCAAGGGCCUGGCUGCCUGCUGAGGGGGCAAAAUUGCUAUGUUGAAGUGACACUUGGUUGUCCUAGAUCAGAAAGUGAGAAGGGAUUGCGAUCAAACUCAAAUUUGAUCAGGAACUUACCUAAGAAUCACGUUGUGGAAUCUCCUGCUAUAGGAAGAGGUGAUCAUAAGGGACCUCCGGUUCAAACAGCUGUACAUGAGAAAGCAUUUAUCUAUCCAGCGGAGGCAGUAGUUGUUCCAGUCUUGCAAACAUCUUUUGCUAGAUCUUCUCUGAAAAGAUUUUGGCUCCAAAAUUGGAUAGGGCCAUCAUUGCCUGGUUCAUCUUUCUUUAUGCAUUGUGGUGGUGAUAUAGAUAAUAUGGAAGGAUCUUGGAUUGAAUCUAAUGGUAUACGUAUACAGCGUGGCUAUAACAGUAGUAGUAAUAGUAAUAGUAGCAGUAUUGGCUCCAUAAGCAGCAGUUCUAGUGAUAGUGAUCGCAGAAUGACCACAGAAGCUGGUGAUCUUGAGGCAGAUGCAGAUUCAUUAUCAUGUAGACAAUCUGGUUUAUCUUCUAAUGAUCAGUUGGAAAAUGAUGGCCCCAAAUUGGGUUCUAAACGUCCUCAUUCAGGGGUUACAGAAUCGUAUGGUCAAAUGGGCACUGUAAAAAAUUCUUCUAUGCAAGACAUGUACAAGUCUGAUUUUGGUUCUUUUGAAGUUGGCAAUUCAGCCAUCACAGGGGUUGCAAACGAGCAGAUUGGAUCUCAUUUAGAUUGGGAUGAUGAUGAUAGAGGUAUGGGGAUUAAUAUCCAAGCUCUUCUUUCUGAAUUCGGUGAUUUUGACGACUUCUUUGAGAACGAUGCCUUGCCUUUUGGAGAGCCCCCUGGAACAGCAGAGUCGCAGGCUCUUAUGUUUUCUGGUCCAGAUUGUGGAGAAGUUGUUAGCAGUCCUAUUGGGGUAAUGGAUGUUGCAGAUCAUAUGCUUUUGCCUGUAGGUUUUCCAUCCUUUGAGAGCUUUAAUCCACCUCCCACAGCAGUCAUAGAUGAGUGUGUCAGCAAAAAUCAAGAAAUCGCACUUGAUGCUCUCACAUCAGUUCCAGUGAACCACGCUCCACCAUCUUCUGCAGGUGAGUUUGAUCAUUUAAUCAAAGCUGAAGCUCUGAUGUCCUUUGCUCCUGAAUAUGGAGCAGUUGAAACCUGCGCAAGUGAGUUCUUCCCAUCAAUUUUCAGAAGCCCAUAUUGCCCAAAGUCUCGCAAAGUUGAGAGUUCAAAUUCAAGCACAAACAAUUACACGUAUACUGCAACACCUCCCUCUUCUCCUUGCUUAGAUGGAUCAGAUGAGAAGACUGGCAUGCCUGUGAAUGCAAAAGCAGGUGUCAGGAUGGACAUAAAGAAAUACUACACUCAUGUGGAGACUGGUAAAGCGCAACGUAAUAGAAUAUCUGUCACACAAAAUGAGGGAUUGGUACCAUCUUCAUUCUCUACAGUCAAUUCUUCAAAUGCCGUCAAAUCUGUCCAGAGGAAAAUGGCCGAAGCCACAGUAGGAUCAGAAAACUUCCUACUUUCUUUGAAGACUGUGUUGGCAACUGAAGUUGAAUGUCUUAUGUUCCAAGCUACUAUGUGCAGGGUACGACAUGUGCUGUUGUCUUCUUGUAACCCUGCACCUCUAAGCUUGAGUAGGUUAAGCAGCGGCACUGUUUUGAGUGAAUUGCCUGGUGAUGGAAGUACCAUGACAGACAAUAUAUCUAGCAGAUAUGAGGUAAAGAAGAAAGAAUCUAUACCAGUUAGAAUAGCUGGUGAUAUUGAUGGAGUGCUAGAUGGUCACCACAAUGCACCUGUUGGUGUUUGGCGCUCUGUUGCAGUUCCUAAAGUAACCAAACCUAGUAGUUCACCAAGUAUUGAAGUUAGUCCAUCGUUACCUCACCAUUCAUUGAAUGAGGAAAGAAUGCUUUCAUAUAAGAAUAGACAACCACUGCAGGAGCUGCUUGAUGGCAUGGCAUUACUUGUCCAGCAAGCCACUUCUUUUGUUGAUGUGGCUCUUGAUGCAGAUUGUGGUGAUGGUCCUUAUGGUUGGCUUGCAUUACAAGAGCACUGGAGGCGAGGAUUUUCUUGUGGCCCUUCCAUGGUCCAUGCAGGUUGUGGGGGAACUUUGGCUUCUUGCCAUUCCCUGGACAUUGCUGGCAUGCAGUUAGUAGAUCCUCUUUCUUCUGAUAUUCAUGCUUCCUCUGUGAUUAGCUUGCUUCAGUCUGAAAUCAAAACAGCCCUAAAAUCUGCAUUCGAGAAUUUGGAUGGCCCAUUAUCUGUCACUGAUUGGUGCAGGGGCCGCAGUCAAUCGGGUGAUGUAGGUACCACAUGCGAUGGAUCUUUGGCUGAUUCUACUUUAAGCGAGUGCAAAGAUUCUUCAAGCACUGUAUGUUUAUCUGUUGGAGAACCAAUGAGCCCAGCCCAGUCUUCUGCUGGUGCCUCUUCUUGCCUUAAAGUUGCUGCAGUGGAUGGAGCUAAAGCGGAUGAUACUGGCCAAAGGAGAUUGAGCCAAGAAAUAGAGUCAGAGCAGCUUUCAUGCUCCCGAAGGCCAUCACUUUUUGUUCUUCCUUCCCCUGCUAUACUUGUUGGGUAUCAGGAUGAUUGGCUUAAGACAUCGGCAAGCUCUUUACAACUAUGGGAAAAGGCUCCUUUUGAACCAUAUGCUUCACCAAAACCUAUUUCUUAUUGUGUUAUAUGUCCAGACAUUGAUCCUCUUACUUCUGCUGCUGCUGAUUUUUUUCAACAACUCGGAACUGUUUAUGAGAUCUGCAAACUGGGAACUCAUCAACCUCAGAGUUUGGGAAACCAAAUGGAGAUAGACUCGGGGAAAUUGUCAACUUCUGGUUUUGUGAUGCUUGAUUGCCCUCAAUCAAUGAAGAUAGAAAGCAGUAAUACAUCUCUUGUGGGUUCGAUAAGUGAUUAUUUUCUCUCUCUCUCCAAUGGUUGGGACUUGACAAGCUAUCUUAAAUCUCUUUCAAAGGCUGUUAAAUCCUUAAAAAUUGGUCCUUGCAUAUCAACAAACACAAAAGAAGGAAAUAGUGGUCCUUGUAUGGUUAUCUAUGUGGUGUGCCCCUUUCCCGAACCUAUUGCGGUUCUACAAACUAUCAUUGAAUCUUCUGUUGCUGUUGGAUCAACAGUUCUUCCAUCAGAUAGAGAGAGGAGGCCUCUAUUGCUGAGUCAGGUUGGCAAGGCUUUAAGUUGCUCAGCAGUUGUGGAUGAAGCAUCACCAUCAAAUGUUCUAGUACUUUCAGGGUUUAAUGUUCCUAAAUUGGUAUUGCAAAUUGUGACAGUUGAUGCCAUUUUUAGGGUUACAAGUCCUGCACUUAAUGAACUUGUCAUUCUUAAAGAGACUGCUUUCACUGUAUACAACAAGGCUCGGCGAAUUUCGAAAGGAUCGUCAUAUGAUGUUCAGUCAUCAACAUUGUCUAAUAGAUCUCAUCCAGUCAUGCAGCAAAUGACUUCCAUUCCAGCAAUAUGGAAGGAUUGUGUUGGUCCUCGACUUGGAGGGCCUUCACUUCCAAGAGAGGGUGAAAUUGAUUCUGGCUUGAGACCAGGUACUUGGGAUAACUCAUGGCAAACAAGGGCUGGAGGGUUAAACUGUGAUCCAAGCAGAAAUGGAGAUCUUUUUCAUCAGGAUGAAAUUCACUACAUGUUUGAGCCACUUUUUAUUCUUUCAGAGCCUGGUUCUCUAGAGCAUGCAGCUGCACCUGGAGUUUUUGGUAAUUUAACUGCAGAAUCUUCAAAGCUGUUAUCUGAUGAUAGUAGUGGAGGCUUCAUGCAAAGUGGCAGUUCAGCAGCGAGUUCAGAUACUGGAUCAAGCUCUCAACUUGAUGGAUUGGAGCCUGAUGGCGUUGGAGGUACUUACCAAAAGACUCUUCCGAGCCUACAUUGUUGCUAUGGAUGGACAGAGGAUUGGCGUUGGCUAGUGUGCAUCUGGACAGAUGCACGGGGAGAAUUGCUUGACAGCCAUAUAUUUCCUUUUGGUGGAAUUAGCAGUCGACAAGACACAAAGGGCUUGCAAUGCCUCUUUGUGCAAGUUCUUCAGCAAGGCUGUCAGAUACUUCAGGCUUGCUCCUCUCAUGAUAUUGGUUCUGCCAAGCCUAGGGAUUUUGUGAUUACACGCAUUGGAAAUUUCUUUGAGCUUGAAUACCUAGAAUGGCAGAAAGCUAUUUAUUCAGUUGGGGGUUCUGAGGUGAAGAAAUGGCCCCUGCAACUGCGGCGAUCUAUGCCUGAUGGGAUGUCUGCUGGUAGUAAUGGGGCUACCUUGCAACAACAGGAGAUGAGUUUAAUGCAAGAGAGAACUCUUCCUUCCUCACCCAGUCCAAUGUACAGCCCUCACUCAAAAGGUUCUGGCUUUAUGAAGGGUGGUUUAGGACAAUCUUCUGCAAGAAAACAGCUUAUAGGUGGACACACAGUGGUUGACAGCACAAGGGGAAUGCUUCAGUGGGUUCAGAGCAUCAGUUUUGUUGCAAUUUCGAUUGACCAUUCUUUACAUUUGGUUUUUCAAGCAGAUUCACCAUCUCCUGGAGGAACUCAGAGUGGCAAUGGUGUUGGUGCUUCUGGCUAUUUGGAAGGUUUUACUCCUGUAAAGUCUCUUGGUUCUUCUUCUGCGUCUUACAUUUUAAUUCCAUCACCCAGCAUGCGCUUCCUCCCUCCAACACCUCUUCAGCUUCCCACAUGUCUCACUGCUGAGUCACCACCACUUGCACAUCUCCUCCAUAGUAAGGGCUCUGCAAUUCCCCUCUCAACGGGCUUUGUGGUUUCCAAAGCCGUACCUUCUAUGAGAAAAGACUACAGGAGCAACUCGCGGGAAGAAUGGCCCUCAAUUCUUUCUGUGAGUCUCAUUGAUUAUUAUGGGGGUAAUAACGUUAUUCAAGAGAAAAUCUCUAGGGGGGUUAUGAAGCAAGGUGGACGACCUUUAGGCUCUGAAGUUAGAGACUUAGAAAUUGAAAUCCACUUGAUUCUUGAGUCUAUAGCAGCUGAACUUCAUGCCUUAUCGUGGAUGACUGUGAGCCCAGCAUAUUUGGAGCGACGGACUGCACUGCCAUUUCACUGUGACAUGGUUUUAAGGCUUAGAAGGCUGCUUCAUUUUGCUGAUAAGGAGCUCUCUUCGCAACCUGAUAAGUCCCAGAUGUAAGAGGUGUGGAUUUGCUUGGUCUUUUUCUUUGUGGAUAAUGCCCAAUCAAAACUCAAUGAACUGCUAUUAUCAGGUUGUCUUAAUGCUUCGAUGUACAAUAAAGCAUUACAUGUAAUUUGUAUAUGUAGCAGUAGCCUUCUUUUUGAAUUCCCAGAAAGAAAUGAUCGAGUCUGGGAAGAGAGUUUAGAUCUAACAGAUAAAAUUAGGACAGCAGAAGCCAAAAAUGUAAAUGAAUAGGAUAAUUCAUUACAGCUCUAAUCAGCAUGAUUACUUGGUAUAUCAUGUUAAUUUGAGUAGAAUAGCUCAAUAUUUUGUACCCUAAGGGGAUGUUAGUGUUUGGGAAAUUUUCUUUAUUAGUUGGUCA